CACAGGAGAGGCUCAGAGACGGAGAAACCAGCAUCAGAUCAUCAUAACCUGCAGAGACGAUGGACGCCGCUUACAAGAGAGUGAACGGAGACUACAGCCCGGAGGAAGAGACAGGAGAGCCGGGCACAGGGAAAAGAAGAAACUCGUAUCUGGAGGAAGACACCAGCAGGAAGGCGGAGGUGAUCACCUGCAUCUUUUCCCUGAAGGAGGAGGUUGGAGCUCUGGCCAAGGCCCUGCGGCUCUUUGAGGAUAAUGGCAUCAAUCUGACACACAUCGAGUCCCGUCCUUCACGGAUGAACAAAGAAGAGUACGAGUUCUUCAUCAGUGUGGAACCCAGCUGCUCUCAGGCCCUGGAUGAGGUUAUCGACAGCCUACGCACGCAGAUCAGCGGCCAUGUGCACGAGCUGUCACGCAACAAGGAAAAGGACACAGUGCCAUGGUUCCCGAAGGACAUCCAGGACUUGGACCGCUUUGCCAACCAGAUCCUCAGCUACGGUUCUGAGCUGGAUGCUGAUCACCCGGGCUUCAAAGAUCCGGUGUACAGAGCCCGCAGGAAGGAGUUCGCUGACAUCGCCUACAACUACAGACAUGGCCAGGCCAUCCCCAGGGUGGAGUACACAGAGGAGGAGAAGGCCACAUGGCGAGUUGUGUUCAGGGAGCUCAAGGCUCUCUACCCGACUCACGCCUGCCGCGAACACAACCGCGUUUUCCCUCUGCUGGAGGAAUACUGCGGCUACAAGCCGGACAACAUCCCGCAGCUGGAGGACGUCUCCCGCUUCCUGCAGUCCUGUACUGGUUUUCGGCUCCGCCCAGUAGCCGGUCUGCUCUCAUCCCGGGACUUCCUGGCUGGACUUGCCUUCCGAGUUUUCCAUUCCACGCAGUACAUCCGUCAUGGCUCCGAGCCCACAUACACACCCGAGCCGGAUGUUUGCCAUGAACUCCUGGGACACGUUCCUCUGUUUGCUGACCCUCGUUUUGCCCAGUUUUCUCAGGAAAUUGGUCUUGCUUCUCUUGGUGCCCCUGAUGAGUACAUUGAGAAACUCGCUACUGUUUACUGGUUUACCAUCGAGUAUGGCCUCUGCAAGCAAGGCUCCGACAUCAAGGUGUACGGAGCCGGUCUGCUGUCGUCGUUUGGAGAGCUGAAGUACUGCCUCACAGAUAAGCCCCAGCUGAAACCUUUCGACCUGGAGAAGACCAGCCAGCAGAAAUACCCGAUUACCGAGUACCAGCCCGUUUACUUCAUUGCUGAGAGCUUCGAGGAUGCCAAGGAGAAAGUGAGGAAGUUCGCCACCACCAUCCCCAGGCCGUUCUCGGUGCGCUACAACCCCUACACCCAAAGCAUCGAGGUCCUCAACAACACGCAGCAGCUCACCAACCUGGCAGACUGCGUCCACAGUGAGCUGGGGAAGUUGUGCGAAGCCCUGAAGAAACUGGAGUAGCUGCUGAUCCAGUUCAUAUAAAACGAUUGUUCAGUUUCUCUUGUUUCUUCUUAGUUUAGCUUAACAACAAAUAUAGCAUUCUGAAUAUUAGGGUAGAAAAUGUAUAAAAUAAACUGUAGCAUGAAACGUAAACAGGAAGUUGUGUGUUUCGGUCAGUAUUAUAGCUGCAUGAAUGUUACUGAAGUUAUUUUUCACAAUAGACGUAUUUGGUAGUCAACAUCUUAUAGUUAACUUUUGUUGAAUAUAAACUUCACUUGUAGCACUUUUACUUUCUCUGAUUUGUUUCUACGCAUUUUGUAGAGAAGAUUUUUCCUCUUUCCACGUUUUACGUCUGUCUGACAAAUGAUUUUUAUGCAUUAAAAAGUAAUAGAAAUAAA